UCACAGGACAAAAGCGCCUAGCUUUUCUGCUUUACGUUUCACUCCAGAUAAAGACAGGACACUUAUGUUGUGUGCCUGUAAGCAAACCAAAAACGCGCCGUACUGUGAUGGCACGCAUUUUAAAGUCAUCUUCACUGACAUUGUCAAGUCAGUGAAAAAAGUAUUUAGAUCUUAAACUGAAAAUGGGUAUUCAAUCAUGCCAAACGGUAUAUUCCAUACCAUCCCAGUAUGUAACACAAUAUAUACAUUUUAAAUGUAUUCUGAGUCCGUCCUUAUUUCAUAUAUUGAAUUAAAAAGGGCCUUAAGAUGCAGUAUUUGCAAUAAUGUAACAUGUCUUUUGUUUUCUGUUGCUAUAAUGUAGCCAAUGUCAUGUGUCGAGAACAGACAUUAGCCAAUGUUCUUUGGUGUACGUACAGAAGGGAGCAGUUGAGGUUUUCAGAUUUUUGAUAGAAAAACAACGCAGCAAACAUAGCGUCAUGCAACAACAAUGGGGGAAGAAAUUACGAAAUAGUAUUUUGGGCUGAAAAAAAAAACUGUAACCAAUCGAAAUGGCAUUAGACCACGUGGAUAAUCCGGAAAUGACCUCUGCAUGACCUGGCGUUUGCUUUUAAAUCUCAGUUUUCCCCUUGUUGUUAAGGUGUGCGGUAAGCCUUUGGUGGCCUGAACUAUUUACCUUUCAGAUAAUGACAAGUUAUAAAAUACUGGUUUUGUUUGGUAGUUGCUAGAUAAUAAUACGCAAGACCUGCAUUAGUUUGCAGUGUGCACAUGACUUGACCACACUUGACAACAUAAAGGGAAACAUGAGCAUAAUAAUGUCAGAGACGAUCAGCAUAUGGGUCACUACAACCUUGCGACAACCUUGGAUAUUAUCGAAAAUUGCGGCUCCGAAGGCCCAGUUAUCCACUCUCCCCUCAGAGCCAGUCAUUGCUUCCAAAAAGCCUUUGAAGGUGGAUUUAGUUGGUGGAAAACGUUACUCAUGGUGUACUUGUGGACACAGUAAGAAACAGCCUUUCUGUGACGGUGCGCACAAGACAAAAGCCGAGGGCCUCGUGCCCCUGCGGUUCGUCCCCGAGCAGGACUCCACGGCGUGGUUGUGCGGCUGCAAGUACACCAACAACCCUCCUUACUGCGACGGCACACACAAACAGGACUUUAUCAAAUCCGCCCAGAUACCGGAGCAGACCAACUCUUGAAGGGGAGCUGAAGUGUGUGUGUAACACAAUUCCUGUGGUCCCUCUAGGUCAGGGGUGUCCAAUCCUGGUCCUUGAGGGCCACUGUCCUGCAUGUUUUAGAUGUUUCCCUGCUCCAGCACACCUGUUUCAAAUGAAUGGGUCGUUAUCAACCUCUGUGGAAGCCGGGUAAUGACCAUUCAUUUAGGGGAAC